UCUCUCACUCCCCAAAAACACACACACAUACUCUUUUCCGCUAUUUUUCUCUACACUUUCCCCCUCUCUCUCUCUCAUCCCACCAAACUUUCAUUUGGUGUUGGAAUUGUGAGUGGAGAAAUUGAAUCCCAAAUGGAACAAGCCGCCCCCGAAUUCUUCGAAGCCGGCUGCUACGACGCCGUCUUGACGUCGGAGAGGCGCCUCUCUGACGCCAAAAACGGCGACAAUUUCAUUGUCGAUGACCUCCUCGACCUCCCCAACGACGACACUCUCGUCGCAGGAGAGCCCGAGCCCGGCCUCGACGCCACCGUCACCUCCGCCGACUCCUCGUUCCCCGUCGUGGACCCUCAUUUCUCCGCCACCGACGUUGGUGGGGCCCGCGCACCCGCCGCAACUGCCGGCCACUACUCCGGCGAACUCUGCGUCCCGUACGAUGAAUUGGCUGAGCUAGAAUGGCUGUCCAAUUUUGUGGAGGAAUCAUUUUCAAGCGAGGAUUUGCAAAAGCUGCAGCUGAUUCAAGGAAUGAAAGCCCGAAACGACGACGUUACAUCCGCGCUCCAAUACCCGUUUCAGCCCGAAACCUCCAAGUCGGGCCCCAUGCUGCGGCCCGAACUCUCGGUCCCCGCCAAGGCCCGCAGCAAGCGCUCACGCGCCGCCCCGGGUAGCUGGUCUUCCCGCCUCCUCAUGGUGUCCCCGACCCGGCCCGCAGCCAUCCCCGCCCUGUCUUCCUCUUCAGAGUCGAACGGCACUGCCAGGAAGGCAGGGAAGGCGGCCGGCCCGAAGAAGAGGGACGGGCAAGACGGGGGCGAGGGGAGGAAGUGCCUCCACUGCGCCACUGACAAGACGCCGCAGUGGAGGACGGGGCCCAUGGGCCCAAAGACACUCUGCAAUGCAUGCGGGGUGAGGUACAAGUCGGGCCGGCUGGUGCCUGAGUACAGGCCUGCAGCCAGCCCGACUUUCGUGCUGACGAAGCACUCGAAUUCGCACAGGAAGGUGAUGGAGCUGAGGAGGCAGAAGGCGCAGCCGCCGGCAGCGCCGCCGUCGUAUAUGCACCACCACCAACAUCAAAAUGUGGUAUUUGAUGUAUCCAACGGCGAUGAUUACUUGAUUCAUCAACACAUGGGGCCGGAUUUUAGGCAAUUGAUUUAGGAUUAGUUUGAUAAUGAUGAUAAAGUUUUUAUAUAUGGGGAGAUUUGGACAAAAAAAAAACUAUUUCUAAGAUUUUUUUUGGUCACAAAGUUAUUUCAA